UUACACAUUAAUUCAGAGCUGUUAUAGUUUUUAAUUGCAGCGAAAAGGUUAAGAACAAAACAUCUUUAGGAUGUCAAAUUAGCAGCCGAGUUAUUAGCAAACCCCCCCCCCAUUUUGUUUAAGUUUUAAGAUUCUUCUGGGCUGCAACCAUCCAGUGGGGGCCUCGGCAAAUGCUGUUGUGCUUUCGGAGUCGUUUGUUUUAAUCUGUAUAUAUCCUUUUCAAAGGCAAGAGAAGCCUGAUUUUAUUUUCUAGUCAGUAAAACGCGUUUUGGAUUUGUUUUUAUAUUUUUCUUUAAGUUUUAUCGGCUUGCGGGGCUACAAAAAUGUUUCCGAAUAGUCAGCGGACAGCGGCGGCCAUAAGGCCAGAAAAUUACUCGCAAGAAAACCAAGAAAACCUUUUGGGAAGACAGAGAGCUGUCGGAAAGAGUCGACUGGAAAAUCAAGAAAACGUGAACCCCGGUCGGAAGGCGCUCGGAGUCCUAGAAAGCAACCGUGUGCAAGUGCAGCGCGGGAUAAAACAGACUACAUUAGGAUCCUGCACCAACAAUGAAAACCAUAGCAAGCUUUCUGCUGAAAAUACUGGUACAAAACAGCCAGCUUUCACAAUUCAUGUGGAUGAGCCUGGUGGUGCAUGCAUCAAGAUGCAAAAGGCAUCGAGUGACAAGUCUCUACUCUCCAUAAAUCCUACUGUAACCUCUCUUGGGAUUAGGCAACCACUUGCAACAAUUGAGUGCUCUAUGGACACCAGUUUUGACUCCCCAAUGGUUACAGAUAUGUCAUUAAUAGAAACUGAAGAGAAAGUAGCUAAUGCAAAUGAAGUUCCAGACUAUGCAGAAGAAAUCUACCAAUACUUAAGGAAGAUGGAGUUACAGUUCCAGCCGAAGGUAGGCUACAUGAAGAAACAGCCAGAUAUCACUAAUAGUAUGAGGGCAAUCCUAGUGGACUGGCUUGUGGAAGUUGGAGAAGAGUAUAAAUUACAUAAUGAGACCCUGCACCUGGCUGUAAAUUAUAUUGACAGGUUUUUGUCUUCAAUGUCUGUGCUUAGAGGAAAAUUACAACUUGUUGGUACGGCUGCAAUGCUACUGGCUUCAAAGUUUGAAGAAAUCUACCCACCAGAAGUUGCUGAAUUUGUGUAUAUAACAGAUGACACAUACACAAAGAAUCAGGUGCUCAGAAUGGAACACCUCAUUUUAAAAGUGCUGUCUUUUAAUCUUGCAAUCCCCACAAUAAAUCAGUUUCUCACACAGUACUUCUUGCAUCAAGAGAUCAAUAAACAGGUGGAGAGUUUGUCUAUGUUCCUUGGAGAGCUGAGUCUUAUUGAUUCUGAUCCUUUCCUGAAGUAUUUGCCUUCACACUUAGCUGCAGCAGCAUUUGUUUUAGCUAACUAUACACUAACAGGCUCUACCUGGCCAGAAUCUUUGGUGAAACUGACUGGUUACACCAUCGACAUAAUCAUGCCAUGCAUCAUGGAUUUGUAUCAGGCCUACCUCAAUGCUCCAACUCAUGCACAACAGUCCGUACGGGAAAAAUACAAAGGUUCUAAAUAUCAUGGAGUAUCAUUGCUUCAACCCCCAGCAAAAUUAGCAAUUGUGUAAUGGUGCCUUUUUCCAGCAGUCUGUACAGUGUAUUGGAUUUUUUUUUUUUUUUUUGUCAAGUUUUGGGUUGCUUUUGUUUCUAUACUUGUAUAUUUUUUUAUGUGCAAUCUUUUACUUGAGUUUUUACAUUGUUCUCUAUCUUUAAUGU